CCUUCCUCAUUAUUGUGCAACUUUUAAUUUGUUUGGGGUUUGUAGAGCACGCCUCGGUUCAGACCAACUCCAAUGCGCAGAAGUAAUGCUGCCCUCAUCAUAAUGUACCUGCUUUUGAGGCGAUUUCGUGCCCCUGUUGUAACCUUUAUCUGAGCCUCGGUGUGCUUUCAAAUCCUGAAGCCAAGCCGGCCAUUAUUUUCCCACCUGGGCUGCCCCUGCCGCAGACGAUUAUUUGUCCUCCAGCGAGCGAGCGCUCUGUAGAUUCUGGUUCCACAAUAAUGGGACUGCUUUUGAAGGUUUGAAAACCAUCGACAGUCUUAACCCCAAAGAUGUCUACAUCCCGAUGUCGUGACAGUGCGAGGAGGCCUCCGACGACUCGGAUGUCAAAAGGAGGAUUGAAACUGUGGGGCCAACACUUGGGUCCUUGCAUCGAAGCAGUUUGUGCAGCAACAGCAUCAGAGAAGGCAAAAAGAAGAAGAAGCAGAAGCAGAAGCAGCAGCAGCAACAGCAACUGCAUCCGGGUCGUUGGGGGUUUGGACUGCAGUAUACAAUAUUCACACUGAACCGAGGCCGUGGCCCCACAGACGGAGCAAGCGACCAAAAAGAAGAUCUACAUGAGCAAGAAAGCAACCAAGCAAGAAAUCAAGCGAGGGAGGGAGGGAGGGAGAGAGAGAGGGAGAGAGCAGCUUCGGGCCCCACCCAGUGGAUGCAGACGAAAGCGUUCAAUCCUUCGAGCCAUGUUCGGGUGUCGGAACUUGUGGAUCUGGACUCUCUGGCAACCAACUGAUAACCGAAAUGUCCAGCGGGCGAAGUCACGAGAUUGUAGACCACCGGUAGGAAAAUACGAUGCGAUGCAGUGCAGUGCUGCAUCCUUCGCACCAGAAGGCAGAGUGACAUUAACCUGUUGGAAAGUGGAAAUCUAGGGAAGGAGAGCCUGAAGGUGUUGGCCAAUAAUGGAAGCAAAGCAAGAGAAGAAACCCCCGGACACAUUCUGAAAAGGAAUUGCAUGCACAGGAAUUCUGAAAAGCUUGAGCGAACUGCAUCUCUCUCCCAGUUCGCUCAAGCUUGGUUUGGAUCUCCCUUGCGAGGGACGGAAGCGCACAAGGCUCGGGGAAUGGGGGAAUGGGGGAAUGGGGGAAGGCGAAGUCGCACGGGUGGGGCCUGCCUCGCUUUUCUUCCACGACGCAAACAUGGAGCUGCUAUGGUGCUUGCUGCGGCAAGCAAACGCUUCGACAAACCAUGCCGAAGUUGACUCUCGUGCAAUCCACCAUCCACCGCACAGCUUGACCGACCGACCGACCGACCGAUCGGCCAAUGGCAACUCGCCUUCCAUCUGAAGCCACAAACCAAUGUCAUUGCCUUCGGUGCCCCCCGCCCCUUCAUUAUCCACUUUUGCGCCUCCUCCGAAGUAGUAGACAGAUAACCAUCAGCUCACACUCCACAAACUCCAAAACCCGGCCUCUCGUCCCCCUCCACCGCUGUACCCGUUUCCAUUUCCAUCCGCAGAGAGUGGUUCACUGGUCGGUCGCUCCCCUUUGCCGCAUGACCUGAGAGGCCUCUGAGUGAGACUCGGACAUCGUAAUCAGGUUCGUUCCCCCCGCGGUUUUCCCAUCACUGUUCAGGUUGAUCCAUCAAUUCCUGGACUAUAGUGCGGUUCAGGAACCCCAGCGUCAAUGUGCAACUUUAUGAUCCGGUAACUUUUCUGUGUGGGGGUGUGAUCACGAUUUCCCCGGUUAUCCCAAGGAAUCAAAUGUUGUAAGAACUGUGUAUUAAAAGUGUAUGGAAAUACACUUUUAAUUGGAAAAU